GUGAGUUUGCCGUUGCGUGCCUUUUUGUUCACGAUCUCGGAUCUGGCUGCCCCAACACAGUCACAAUUCCGGUUGUGAUGAGUGUCCGUGGGAUCCUUGCUCUUCUGUUGACACUGGCUGCCUAUGUGAUCUGUUUUCUUGGCUUGGCGAAAGAUGCCUUCAAGAGGCUCGACGAAAUCGAUCUUCCCAUUCUGGGGUCUGCAAUAGCAACACAGGAAGCAGCAGCCGGCAUGUCAAAAGGGGUGGUACCGGCACAAAGAGAGCAGAUACUGAUCCAAUCGAGAGCGUUUGAGAAAAAGACACCCGAUCGGUUUCCUUGUUUCCUGGCACCCAAACGAUGGUGGGCUGUGCCCAAGGAUCCUUCCGAACUACCCACCGAGGGUUUCUUCUUUGUCAAGACACACAAAACUGGAUCCUCGACAUGUGCGGGGAUCCAUUUGCGCAUUGCCCGGAAUAUGGCCGCUCGAAAAUUUGGCUCGGCAACAGAAGGAGAAGGUCGUCCUGGACCAAUGUGUCAAAGCCAAUUUCAUCAUGCCCCCGCUCGUGCCAUGAAGUAUUCUGGACGCUCCAAAGAGGGAUCCUUCUUGUGGACUGUGGUGCGAGAACCCACCCAAAGAGCCAUUAGUGACUUUUUCCAUUUUGGAGUUACUGGAAGAAGUCUGGAACCGACAGCCAAGGCAUUGAAGCAGUACCUCGUUGAAAACCGAAAGGUAACGGAGGACUACUAUUUGAAAAUGCUGCAAGUGCCGGAAGACCGCAGAAAUACCAAAAAAAGUGUGUGGACCAAAAAGAGACUGGACACAAUCCCCGCGGCUGCCACCAUGGCCCGGAUUCAAGCUGUCAUCAAUGAUUAUGACUUUAUUGGUAUUACAGAAAGAAUGGAUGAAAGCAUUGUGGCACUACAGAUGAUUUUGGGACUCCCUACGGCAGAUGUAUUGUUUCUGAGUGCAAAAAGCAAUGGAGGAUAUGAUGCUGGUGGUUGGAACAACACUUGUUUGAGAAUCCAUCCCAAAAAUUUGACACCUGAUAUGGAAGCAUUCCUUCAAUCACCACUGUGGGAGUCCUAUGUGAAGUGGGAUCGGCUACUGUAUGAUGCUGCCAACCAAAGUCUAGACAAAACAAUCCACACUUUGGGGCGAGAAGAGUUUGAGAAAAAGUUGGCCCAAUUUCGGGAAGCACAAGAUAUUGUCAACAGGAGAUGCCUUGGCCGUGUGCGCUUUCCUUGCUCGAGAGAAAGAGAUGGGCUUCCACCAUUGCGUGGCGGCCAGAGUGACUGUUUGUGGGGAGAUUCUGCCUGUGGGAUGGCGUGUCUGGACAAAGUGUCCGAUAAACUGGGGCUAUGGAACAUGGUUGGCUAACAAUACGAAUGAAUGAAUUCGAACACGGCACAACAUUAUUUCAUCUCUCGGAAAGAGCAAAUAUAUACUUGAACAAGUCAGGUCGGGUGCCGGUGUACAUGUCACGAGUGCCAGCGUAUUAGGUACGCUUUCGUGCUGUGAGGCCCGCCACCCACGCAAAACAGUCUUUUGCAAGGAAACGAAUCGAAUCCACGAAGGCGAUGAGAUGCGAUGCAAACAACACGAAGCCACCGUAGCAGUGAACGGUAUGUCAUAGCCUGGAACGGGGCCUUGAUGUUCUUUUGGGUGGGGAGAACGGUGGCGUGAAUCCGAAAGAGUUCAAAUCCAACAAUCUAUGUAGACUCAAUGGUGCUGCGGAAACGAACGUGCACACUGUACGGGGACCCUUUCGUAGGUACCGUACCGGUACGGGCAGUACGGUACCAUAACUCAAAGACUGCAAAUAUCGUUCUCCUUCCUACCGUUGCUGAGCAAUAGUUAGCUGAGCCAGGUAAGCGCUCAUACUACAUGUGUUCACACGACGACGAUGAGCAAGAUACUCUAGCUAGCUAGAGAGUCCAUACGGUAUCGACUAGGUAAUCACCACGAGGAUUGUGGCUCCCGCAAAGCCAAACCCUUGCCCCCCCCAUCCAAUGGUCCUCAAUCUAUCGCUCCUGAUCCUACUGAACCCAGUCCUGAAUUUCGAUUAGUCUUUGCUCGAGCCUGGCCCUCGCUUGCUUCUGUAGAUAAUCCUCCUACUCUUUUUAAAAAACCCCGAUUGUGGAGGACUGUGGUGG